UACUGUCAUAUAACUAUAUAAUUCUCGCUUAGUCUGCGUCAAGUCUUAAUUUCUUCCCAGAAAUUUAAUUUUAAUUUUUAAUGAUAUUGCACGAUCGUCACAUUUAAGAUAUAAAUAUGUUAAAUUUAUAUUUUCUGUCCACUUUAAUCACAUUACGAAGAAGAUAUAUACAUAGUACUUUCCUGAUGUUGACAAUUUAUCUUAUUUGUCGGAAAUAAGAAAACAGUUUACCUAAACCGUUGUUUGCAUGUGACAGAAUGCAGCUGAUAUUGCAAAAUGUAACCGAAUAUAACCGGCGAUUAGGUCUUACAGACACGCGACGCAAUGCAAGCGAUACUCGCAUAUAUCCCAAAACAAUCCACAGUGAUUGCCUUAUCGCGCGCAAUAAUUACUCAUUGAGUCUAUUUAUUUGCUCGACAGCUUUUGUUUGACAUUCGGCGACGACGGGAUUACGCAGUCUUAUUCUAACCAGCCGGGCGCCAUCGUCUCAGCAAAUUAAGCGAUUAAUGGACAUAGGCAGAAAUAACAAAUCAACCUAUACUUGUGCAACGCGAACGAUCGACGAACAUUUCGCACGUGAAAUACGCAAAAUGUUAACGCGUAAAGUUCGCGUGUCGCCGAUCGGUACGUUUCAUCUUGUUCUUGCAUCCGAUGAAUCGAAUCCAGUUAUAUGUUGUAGUAUAAUAUUUUACAGUCGUAUUAUUAAAUUGAAUUACAUUUUCGAGACGUUGCGGCUGCGUAAGUCACGUGACGGUGGGCGCGUAUGUCUCGUGAAGUGCAAAUACGGUAUAUAUUAUCUCUGCGUUGUUUUGAUGAAUUUGAGAUUAUGACGCGUUCCCGGUAUCUCUAGUAUCGGUGAUGUAUCAGACACUUUUGAAAAAAGGUAACACUCGUCCGAGUCUUUCGUAAUUUAUCUCGUUUUUACUUUCCAUUUGCACGCGAAUCGAUAGUUUUGUACUUCGAUGGAUCAUUGGUCAAUAUAUGCGCGUAAAUUGUCAUUUACGUUAUUUUUAUUAUGUGCACUCAAUUAAAUUUAAAUAAACAAAACAUUUGGAAUAAUCCAGGAUUAAAUAACGUUCCUUAUAAAAUAAUAAUAUUAGUAUAAAUAAUAAAAUAACAUUAUAAACGCAUUAAUUUCUGUAUACAGAAAUUAAUACAGCUGCGAGCGAAUGCUCCGUUCCUUCGCACCUCUCAUAGAUUUUCGGUUAAAAUUACAAUCUGCCCUCCACACAUAUAUACAGCUUACAGCUGCCACGCUAUAGUCACCUCGGGUUCGCAUAAUAACGCAAUAUAACCUGUUGCGCGUAUAUCGAACCUAAGCGCAUCGCGCGCACAAGCGGCGCCUGUUGCUACGCGUUUGAAUUUCUCCGCUGCUGGCGUUCCCUCCCGUAUCUCACAGCUUUCUUCCCUCGCUGAUAACGAAACGGAUAAUGAUUACGAGAAAUUGUUUACUUAAGUCGUGCCAGCGAACGCCGCGAACCACGUGACGCCGCGUUCGAAUUUUCCCGCUCCUCGUCCGACGGUCCGCGAUCCCGUCGCAUUCCGCUCUUCCCGAAAACGCGACACGAGCGGAACACGAAGCGCGCCCCCGGCGAUUUACAAUCAUAAACUGCGGGGUUUGCCUCGUAUGUAUGUAUAUACUUAUCGCGGGAGCGUGGUUUUAUUAUGAUUUUUGAGCGCCAGGUGGCCGCGUUUUUGUUGUCGAUUUGCUGUCGGCGGCGCGGCACAGCACCGCCAGCGCCAUUACAUCGAUAAAUGUCACCGUGGACGCGCGUGUGAACAACGUCGAGGCCGUCGUCGCGUUCGUCGGAGCCGCCAGUCUGAAUUUCGGUUUUCCCCGCGGGAAACAGGAUCGCGCGACGCUUUUCCGGACGGUCACGCGUCCCGGCCGCGCAGCUAGGCGAUGUCGACGAAGCGGAAAAACACGGGCGGCAAGCCGAAGAGCCGCGCGAAGUCGCGCAAGGUCGAGUACGAUGAGGAGGAUAUUUCCAGCGAGCACGACUCGGAAAUCGACGACGCCGAGGCUGGCUCGAACGCCGAUGGCGAGGACGCCGCCGUCGAGGAUCCGCUCGCGGACGUCUCGAACAUGCCCGAGCUACCGGCCCCGGAGGGUGGCUGGGGCAAACCUGGAACAUUGCUCAUGUGUGGCCUUACUAAUUGGGAAAUGGCUGGUCGCAAAGCACCACCUAAGGGGGUAAAAGCGAAUGUAGGACGUAGUCUAUGGACGCCACAUACUUUCAAAAACUUGAAUAAUGCUAGAGUACGGCUGAUCGCAUCUGGUCCUGCUGCUUCCCACAAUAUUGUCGUUACCGAGGAUAAUAGAUGCUUGGUUUUUGGUAGAAACGACAAAGGCCAAUUGGGUGUUGGAGACACGAAGCGUCGUGAUGAACCCACCGAGGUUGAGGCCUUAAAGGGACACACGAUUAUAGGGGCAUCGUGCGGUCGCAGCCACACUCUAUUUCUAACGAGUCGCGGCAUAAUUUUUGCUGCUGGCGACAAUAAACUGGGCCAGUGUGGGGUCGGCAAGAACGAUCCGUACAUCAUGACUGCCACCAAAGUUAAGUAUUCCGGGCCGCCAAUAGUGAAAGUGGGAUGCGGCGCAGAGUUCUCGAUGAUCCUGGACAUCAAGGGUGGCCUGCACUCUUUCGGAUGCCCGGAAUAUGGUGCUCUGGGUCACAACACUGACGGCAAAUACUUCAUUACAAACGCAAAGAUGGCAUUUCACUACGAGAAAGUGCCUAAGCGAAUCGUUUUGUACGUCGAGAGGGGCAAGGAUGGCCACGUGACGCCACUGGACCGCGUCGAGAUAACGGACUUCAACUGCGGCCACUAUCAUACCGUCGCAAUAGACAGCAAGAAUCGGGCGUUCUCCUGGGGAUUUGGCGGGAUCGGCCGUUUGGGCCACAACGAGCAGCGCGACGAGCUGGUGCCGCGCCUGAUCAAGUUCUUGGAGCCGCCCAGUCGUGGCGUGCGAGCGGUGUAUUGCGGCAGCACGUACAGCAUCGCGAUCAACGUGCACGGCUCCGCCCUGAUGUUUGGUCAGACGAAACGCACGGGCGAGGCCAACAUGUAUCCCAAGCCCAUUCAGGAUUUGUCCGGCUGGGAAAUUCGUUGCGUCGCGUGCUCUCAGACGAGCGUGGUGGUCGCGGCCGACGACUCCGUAAUCGCCUGGGGUGCCAGCCCUACGUUCGGAGAAUUGGGUUUUGGCGAAAUGCGAAAGUCCUCGACGACUCCAAUGGAAGUAAAGGCUCUGGAAGGUUUAUACAUCACUGCCGUUACGUGUGGUCUAUCUCAUACGCUUAUGAUCUGCCGGGACGACUCUGAGGAGGAGAGAGCCAAGAUUAACAAGCUCCAGGUGUACUCUGUUUAAAAUAAGAGAAACAUAUUUUUCGGUUGUGUAAAACGAGUUUCUAUUGUAUCACUAUGCAGAUGAUUGAGUCGGAAAGAAGGUUCUCGUUCCUUCAGCGUGUCACAUCUACGUUUCGACGAUUUUUAACGGAGCAUACGAAAAACGAUAACAGUACACGAAACGUCCAAGAAAGACAUAUAGGAUUAGCUGUUCACUCUACUUUGUACUUCCAGUUUUUACUUAAUGCGCGAAUGAAAGUCGAUCUGUGUAACAAUUCGAGACCCAUUCUGUUAGCAGCUCAGGAUAUAGACCAAACAAGACAUAGAUGCAAAAAUAUAUUUUGAUACGUUGCUAUUUUAUUGAAGUUUGCUGUAAUUUUCACCAGAAUGGAAAUAGUUGUUCGUACAGGGAGGAGAACUGGGGAAACUGGAAAGAGAACGUUGUAGAACGUAGCAGUGACUGCCUUUAUUUUUAUCGCUUUUUUAAUCGAUUUAUACAUUUUAAUAAAUAGUUUAUAUCAUUGAUUCAUCACAGUAGUACCUGAAUCAUUACAUCUGCAGGAAUCGUUUUUACAAUGUGAAUACGGGGAUUGCAUCCCCGUACAGGAUUAACAAGAGUGAGUCAUUCGAGUAAGUUACUUGAAGUGAGUUCUGACAAUUAUAUUCACAUGAAUUCGAUUUUGAUACGUAUUUUAUAUUAAUUACACAGAGAAUUAAAUAGAGAAGUGAAUUUAAUUACCUUUUCUUUUUUUAUGUGGCAUGUUGCAUGCGUUACAACAUGUGGAAUAUUCAUUUUUAUUAUGAUAAUAGACUAUAUAAGUAUAAAGCAUAUUGGAUUAAUUUUAGUUUUUAGAUAUUUUGUAAAAAGUGAUCCAAAAGAGCUGUAGAAGUUGUAAGCAUUUUUGCCGACUUAGCAUUUAUUAAGUUCAGAUAUCUGACAUGUGUGUCUUUACAUUUUUAGUAUCUUUUUAAUUUUAAUAUUUUUCUUUUUAAUGAUAUAACUCACAUAACGUAGAUAUUAAAAAUGUUUGCUCGACAAAUACAAAAGAAAGCAGGUUAAGAAUGCGGUUCAGUAUCCUUAUAAAUUUACAACUCCGAUCACUGCCAUGAUGUAUUAUGGACGUCUUUUAUUGUGAUGUCACUGUCAUUCCAUUCCGUUCCACAUAAUAUUCUCGUGCGAUUUCUGCACUGAAAUAUUCUGAUAAACUUGCGACAAAUGUACAAGUCCAAAUAUGAAAUAAACGAAUUUUUUAA